AUGGAAGAGCAUGAAGAGGGAGAAGUUGUUGAAUUUUCUGAAGCAGAAGAACUAUACAUAAUUAAAGACUCUUUUGAAACUAUUCCUGUUUCAAAAAUAAUUCAGCCAAACAGUGCUGAGAGAUUACUGGAUACAGGAGAUCAGAUCACAAAUUCUUGUAAAAAUAAAUUGGCAAAGGGGGCAAAAAAAUGGGAGGCCACCCUAUAUCUUAAGGAGAUCGUGAGGAUAAUGGAUGAUAAAAGGGUAGGCAAGAGGUUCUAUUUUUCUAAAGGAUCCAAGGAGAUGAAGCUUUAUAUGGCAAAUAAUGAUUUCCAUGAAAUUGCUUUUGUUGGACCAAGAUUCACUUGGUGCAACAACAAAGAAGGUGCAGCCAGAAUAUGGGAGAGAUUAGACAAAUACUUGAUGAACUCUGUAGCCCUGCAGAGAACUCCUAUGGCAUUGGUUCGACACUUACCAAGGGUAGCUUCGGACCAAAGUCCUAUUUCAAGUAAGGUGUUUGAGCCUCCUAAUAAGCAGUCUAAAAUCAUUAGAUUUGAAGACACCUGUAAAUCUUAUCCUGCAGCUUUGAAAAUUAUUUUAAAGGCCUGGAGGAAAACAGAUUAUGGCAAUAAUGUGGAUAUACUUCAAAGGAAACUAAGAAGAACUCUAAAGUCUCUAUACUUCUGGAACAAGAAUAAAUGUAGAGAGUUGAAUACUUUGAAGGAAGAACUGAAAAAGGAAAUACUGGAUCUUCAAUUGGAAGAAUCUUUUAUUUCUGGGCUUUCGGUGGAGAAGCUGAAGUUGCUUAGAACUAAAGUUCAUGAGCUCAAUUUCACGUUGGGGAGACUAUCUACAUGGUGGAACCAAAGAGCAAAAGCUAGAUGGCAUGAGGAAGGUGACUCUAAUUCAAAAUUCUUUCAUAAUUUUGCUUCUGCUAAGAAAAAUGGAAAUCUCAUUAGACAAAUCAAAGAUGAAAACAAUAAUCUUUUGGAGGAUUUUGACCACAUUGAAGAAGUUUUUUAUGUUUUUUUCUUAAAAAAAUGUAAGGCUAGAGACUUCAUUUUAACGGGCUGGUCAACUAUUCCAGAAAAUCAGAAAAUUUCACAGGUUGAAGUUGAUUUGAUGAAUACAGAUUUUACUAAAGAUGAGCUUAUUAAGGCUAUUUUUGAAAAAGGGAACAAUAAAUCUCCUCGACUGGACGAAGAACAGGUUGCAUUCAUUCCUGGAAGAUCGAUGUCGGAUCACUGCUUAUUAGCUCAUGAGGUGAACAACUCUAAAUCCCAAAUUCUUUUUAGCAUUGCUAAUAACCGUUCCAACAGGAACCAAGUCAAGAAGAUUUUGGGAUACAAAGUAAUUAAGGAGAUGCAUUACUUGGGCAUUCAAAUGGCUUUGAAAAGAUUGGUGAAAUCUGAUUUUCAGAAUUUGCUGGACAAUGUUCUACAAAAGCUGAACUCUUGGGGUAGCAAAAAACUGUCUUUGGCUGGUAAGAUCACUCUUGCGAAGUCUUCUCUGUUAUCAACUUCAAAUUUUUUAUCAACUCGCUCGCUGGUUCCAAAGAAAGUUCUUUAUGAAGUGGAUAAAUGUUGCAAAGAUUUUAUAUGGCAUAAAAGCAAUGGUAAAAGAGGAAUGCAUUAUGUGUCAUGGCCAGAACUAUUUCAUGCAAGACCUGAUUCUCUACUCCAUAAAAUCAUUAUUGCCAAAUACGAUAAUAAUAUAUUUGAUGCUGAUAACAAACAAGGAGCUUCUAUGGCUUGGAAAAUUCUAAAAGAGGGUGGAAAAUUUUUAAAAUCUCUGCUGAAAUGGAAAGUGGUGAAUGGGAGAAAGAUUAAUGUUGUUAAAGACAUUUGGAUUCUUGAUAAAUGUUUGGGAGCUUGGCCAACAUUUGUGGACUGCACGGGACUGGAAGAGGUAAUGCUGGAUCAAUUCAUCUCUUUGAAUGGAUGCUGGAAUGUGGAAGAACUUCAUCAGUUCUUUCAUGAGGAACUUAUAUCUUGCAUAUUACAAAUUCCAAUAAUUCACACUGCUAAUGAAGAUUAUAUGGAUGAAAUUCAGCAACAUACUGGUAAGACUAUUACUGCUAUGUCAUAUGAAAAGUCAUUAAAAUGUGAAAAGGGAGAGGGAGAUUUUGGUUUUUCAUCCUGGACUAGGAAGGUGAAGCUAACCCCUCAGGUGGAACUGUUUUGGUGGAGGAUGAGCAAGUUUGCUAUCCCAACAAAUGAGUUUCUUACUUAUAGGAAACUUAUCAACCACAAUUUAUGUGUAAGGGGAUGUCAACAAGUUGAGAACCUUGAGCAUAUCAUUUUCCUUUGUAAGUAUUUGAUAGAAAUUCUAUUAAAACUGCAAGGAUGGGGAUUUAAUAUCCCUGUUUUUCAUUCGCUGGAGGAAUGCUUGACAGAACUCAAGAGAAUUUAUGCAACAUCUUCUAACACAGUCAAGGUGUAUUGUACUUCAGUUUAUGAAUAUUGGAAAGACAGAAACAGGAAAUUACAUGGCAAAACUACUCUACCCAGCACAAUGAUUGUAGCAAAUGUGUUAUCUAUUGUAAUGAUUCAUGCUAAUCCAAUCCUAGAUAGCUGGGGUGCUAAUCUCCUUAGGGAGUUUCAAAAUGUUUGGCACCCUCCACCGCUAGAUUGGAUCAAAAUAAACAUUGAUGCUUCUCUCUUAAUCUCUAAUAGUGCUGGAAUUGGUGGAGCUUUUAGAGAUCACAAAGGAAGAUUAUUACAAGCUUUUGGGGAAAGAAGAGUACACUGGGAUGUGGCAUAA